AUGAGUGAUGAGCAAGCAGGAAACGAAUCAGAAUCGUCCUCAGCGACAAGUUCAGCGUCAUCUGAUACCGUACCACCAUUCUCAGAGAUUCAAAUUAUCGAAGUGAAUCGUGACAAUUUUUCGAAAAUCUGGCCGUACAUGCUGGUUUGUAUCAAGUCAGCAGACUUUAUUGCGAUGGAUUUAGAGUUGAGCGGACUCGGAGGUCAAGGAUUACGGUCGAAAGAUGUGCAGGAGAGAUAUCGAGCGAUUCGGGAUGCAGCUCAUACUAGAAGUAUUCUCUCCGUCGGAAUCACUACAAUGAAGCUGACCCACAAAUCAGAGAAACGUCGAUCUCUUCGUUACGAGACUCAAGUGUUCAAUCUUCUGACACUUUCCGAAAAACCAUUCACAAUCGAACCAUCUGCACUUCAAUUUCUCGCCAAACAUUCCUUCGAUUUCAAUCGUCUCAUUCAGUCCGGAGUUCAAUUUCAAGGUGUCAACUGUCCGUUGAAAACUCUUUUCCGUGAACUUCUCGGAUCCUCUUCAACUCUUUGUCUUCACAAUGGACUCAUCGAUUUGGCAUUUCUCUAUAAACAAAUGUAUGGAGUCGAUCUUCCAGAGACACUUGAUGAAUUCGUUAACAACUUGAGUGAUCUGUUCCCAGAUGACUUCUUGCCAGUAGCUGAUUCAAAGUAUCUUGCAGAGUAUCAGACAAGAUAUACAUCUUCUUAUCUGGAAUAUGUUUUUAGAAGAACCCAGGGAGACAACGAAAUUGAGCGUCAAAACAAGAGAUAUCACCUUGAAAUAGUCUUCCCAAACCCAGAAAAUCGUCUGAAAGUGCUGAAAGAUGCCAUCGAAACAGUGGAUGUCCGUCUUCCAGAAGGAUUUCCAGAUCAUGCAAUCCCUAUCGAUCUUCAUAUUCACACUUGCAAAUACUUCGCUGCUCAUGGGUUCUGUCAUGCUUUGAGAUCAGCGAAAGGAUGCAAAAUGUUGCAUGACGUGGAUGCAGCCAUCGAUUUGCAAAGAAUUAAAGAGAACAAAAAGUCGUUCAAACGGAAGAGAAGAUAUAAUAAUGUAGUUGCUGAGUCAGUUGCUGAAAAGACGGGAACCGAUGAGGCGGCGUGGAAAGAUGCGAAAUUCGAACAGCGAUUGUUGACGCGAGAUUUCAGAGAGCAGAAGAGAAAUGUGGUGACUGGGUUGCAUCGAGCUGGAGUUGAUGCUUUUAUGACUGCAUUUGCAGUGGUUUAUCAGCAGAGAAGAACUCUGAUGACCGAGAAUUCUGUGGAUUUGCAGUACCUCAACCGUAUUCCAUUAUCUGCCAAAGAUCAGCCACUUCAUCUCCGUCGUCGUCAGAUAGUGCCAAUAGCCAAAAAAGAAGAAAACGAAGAAGACGCCCAUCUUGAAGCAAUGAAAGAAAUCAACAAGCAGAGAGUACAUGUCAAAAAGAAUGCAUUGAAUACCUAA